AUGUCCAACAGCAGCUCCAUCAGCCACUUCCUCCUGCUGGCAUUGGCAGACACGCGGCAGCUGCAGCUCCUGCACUUCUGCCUCUUGCUGGGCAUCUCCCUGGCUGCCCUCCUGGGCAACGGCCUCAUCAUCAGCGCCGUAGCCUGCGGCCACCACCUGCACACGCCCAUGUUCUUCUUCCUGCUCAACCUGGCCCUCAGCGACCUGGGCUCCAUCUGCACCACUGUCCCCAAAGCCAUGCACAAUUCCCUCUGGGACACCACCACCAUCUCCUACACAGGAUGUGCUGCACAGGUCUUUUUCUUUCUGUUCUUCAUCUCAGCAGAGUAUUUCCUCCUGACCAUCAUGUGCUACGACCGCUACGUGUCCAUCUGCAAACCCCUGCACUACGGGAGCCUCCUGGGCAGCAGAGCUUGUGUCCACAUGGCAGCAGCUGCCUGGGCCAGUGCCUUUCUCAAUGCUCUGCUGCACACAGCCAAUACAUUUUCCCUGCCCCUGUGCCAUGGCAAUGUCCUGGGCCAGUUCUUCUGUGAAAUCCCUCAGAUACUCAAGCUCUCCUGCUCCAAAUCCCACCGCAGGGAACUUCGGCUUCUUGCUCUUAGUGCUUUUUUGGUAUCUGGCUGUUUUGUGUUCAUUGUUUUCUCCUAUGUGCAGAUCUUCAGGGCUGUGCUGAGGAUCCCCACUGAGCAGGGACGGCACAAAGCCUUUUCCACCUGCCUCCCUCACCUGGCCGUGGUAACCCUGUUCUUCAGCACUGGCAUAUUUGCCCACCUGAAGCCUGCUUCCAUCUCCUCCCCAUCCCUGGAUCUGGUCCUGUCAGUUCUGUAUUCUGUGGUGCCUCCAUCCCUGAACCCCCUCAUCUACAGCCUGAGGAACCAGGAGCUCAAGGCUGCAGUGAGGAGACUGAUGAAUGUAUGGUUUCGGAAUCAUUAA